GCACUAUAAAAAGGACAGCACAAUCUUUGGCGGUGUCGACCAGAACUCAUGCCGCCACGACCUUGGAAGGCCAUGAUGCGCUGCAUCAUUGUCAUAUCGUUGGUAGCUGCGGAAUACGAAGGCACGGAGAGGUCUCCUUCGCUUCCAUCCACUGAUGAAAGCACCGUCGUUGAAAAGGUCCGAGUGAUCUCCGCCACACACAUGUCCCCACCGCUUGAGAGCGACGCGAAAGCUACCAUCAAGGGCAUUCAAGUGAUCCCGCCGCCACACAAUGACAAAUAUGCAUCCAGCCAAGUCCACGCUGAUAGGUCUAUGGCAAGGGUCAAUGGUGGAUUGGCAUCGACAGUUGCCGCCGACCAUGAGGACGCCACCAUCCCCGUUGCCGCCCGUCACAAUCCCUACACCCCGGACCCCCUGUUGCCCAAAUCCAUCGAAAUCGCCGAAAGCUCCAUGGAGAGCCUGCCUGGGCCAUCCCAUGACGAAGACUCGUUGUUUUACGAAUUGGAAGAGUUUGAAGCGCGGCGGUUCGGCGAUGUUCACCCGUCCGAGCCAGACGACGAGCGUUCUUUCGCGGCGUCCACGGAGAAUUCAUUGGACGUCCAGGACGAGACAAUGAAGGUCCCAGACAGACAUGUCGCUUCGAAAUCCCGACCUACCGAAGAGGCUGCUGCCUCUGAUACCGUCCAAGCGACGGACGACGGCCAACCACCACACGUUAAGGUGACCUCGCAAGUGUCAUCCGGUGCUGCUUCUGACGUGUCGUCUGUGGGCCGAACACAACACAACUUUGCCAAAAAACGGCCAUCCUCUUCUGCUGACGACACUGUCGCGUUAGGUCCUUCGAGAGCCUUUGGGGUACAUGACCACCUUGUUGCUGAUGGCGAAACGACGACCGAUUCAGUAGCAUCCUCCUCCUCCUCGUCGUUGCCGUCCACCCCGUCGACGACUGCUGCUCCCCCCUUGUCGCAUAUCGCACGCUCCUACCUGUCCGACCUCGACUGGAUUCGCCACCUAGCAUCUGUGCAAGACGUGUACUUUCAAGUCCUCGCCAUCUUGGCCGUCUUGUGGGUCGAUUUCUGCGCCAUGGCUCGCCUGUGUCUGAGCGACGGCUACGACGCCCUUGGUGCUGGCGUCGGUCGCUUGGUCGUGUUGUACCAGUGGUGGAAGCACGAUAUUCUGUCCACCAACGACGACUUGCAGCUGCUGGUGCGGAACGCGUGGGGGCUGGCGCUGCUGACGGCGCUCGGCGCGGCCUUCGGGUCUGUUUACGUCUUGUUGAGCCAAGCCCCGCGCGUGGGCCUCGAUCUGGUCGCGACUUGGGACGACACCUCCAAAGACACGGGCCGGGGGGUUUUGCUUGUGACAAUUGUGGGUACCCUCGUGCUCCUCAAUGCCAAAUGGUGGUACUGGGCCACAAUAGCCAUCGCCACGGCGUUUUACUACUGGUCUGGCAACGUCACCCGAACCCCUCCUAGUAAUAGUAGUAGUACUACUACUAG